CUAAAUUAUAAUAUUGAUAACAUUUAGAUCACUGGAAUUUAUUUUUUAAAUUGCUCUCAUACUUAGACAGACAGUAGUACAGUACUCUUGAUAGGUUCUGUACUUAUAAGUCCACGACCUAAGGUCACGAUUAUAAAGAACAUAAUCGAACAUUCUUUAAAAUUGUGCUGUAUGUAUACAAUAUUGGACCACAUGUUACACACAUUCGAUUAUAUUAAAUAAUUAUUCAAAUUCAGCUAUAUAACUACAAUGAAUGAAAACCAAUUGGAUACAAGUAACAAUUUCAAUUCUAUUUCAAUUAAUGGACCUAGGCAUUAUUCAACUUCAUUAAUAGCUGGUGCUGUAGCUGGAGCUGUUGUUGAUAUUGCAUUAUUUCCGCUAGAUACGUUGAAAACUAGAUUGCAAAGCCAAUAUGGUUUUAUUCAGUCUGGUGGUUUCAGAGGUAUUUAUAAAGGACUAACGCCAACUAUUGUCGGUGCCCCUUUCACAGCGGGAUUGUUUUUUGGCGCUUAUGACGGUUUUAAAAAUUUAUUUCCUUCUGUAUCCAACAAUACUGCUCCAUUAGUUCAUGUAUGCGCAGGAAUCGUUGGUGAAGUGGUUUGUAGUACAACCAAAGUACCCAUAGAGAUAGUAAAACAAAGACGUCAAGCAUCACCAAAUCAAGAAUCCAUAUUAAAAAUCAUAAGAAGUGCGUAUGCUAACGAGGGAGUUUUUGGAUUUUAUCGUGGUUUCUGGACAACUGUUAUGCGUGAUGUACCAUUCUCUAUGUUGCAACUUCCGAUAUGGGAAUUUUUAAAAAAAGAGUAUAGAAUUUUUACUGGUAAACCUCUUACAACAUUGGAAGUUGCCUUAUGUGGUUCUAUAUCAGGAGGUAUAGCUGCUGCUUUGACCACACCCAUUGACGUAACAAAAACACAAAUUAUGUUAGCAAAUAGUGCCGUGGAUCAAAAUUUCUCAAUAGUUUUUAUGAACAUAUACAAAAAAAAAGGAAUCACUGGAUUGUUUGCUGGUUUCCUUCCAAGAGUCGUAUUGAUAAUGAUUGGCGGAGCUUUAUUUUUCGGUGUAUAUGAGAAAACAUGUAGAAAAAUUGAAGAUAAACAUAAAAAUAUAAUUUGAACAAUUUAAAUUGUAUCUUUA